UAAAAAGAAAAAAGAAAAAGAGAUUCCAAUUUUUCGUUAAUGAGAGACUUAGCCGUGGUUUAUCUUAUCACGGGUCUGGCUAACGAAUUCCUAACUAGCAUUGAAAUUCUAGUGCAGUGAAAGUCAAGUCCGGCAAUGGCUUCUGUGGCGGCACCACCUGUCUCAUGCCAGCACUAUCACAAACUCACCUUUCAUAACAGAAACACUUGGACACGUAACCACAACAACAGCAACAACCUUUUUCCUCCAUUUACGGUUCCAAAAUCUUCCCUAACUUCUCACACAAAAACACACUCACCCAUUCUCCAACGCCUUCACAAUCUCUGCGACUCCGGAAACCUCAACGAUGCCCUCAACUUGCUCCACUCACACGCCCAAAACGGCACCGUUUCCUCUUCCGACAUUUCAAAAGAAGCUAUUGGCAUCUUACUAAGAGCAUGCGGACACCACAAAAACAUCCAUGUUGGGCGAAAAGUGCACGCUCUUGUCUCCGCGUCGCAUAAACUCCGCAACGACGUCGUUCUCAGCACCCGCAUUAUCGCCAUGUACUCCGCGUGUGGGUCCCCUUCGGACUCUCGCGGCGUCUUCGACGCCGCGAAGGAAAAGGACCUGUUCCUCUACAACGCGCUCCUCAGCGGCUACUCCCGCAACGCGCUUUUCCGCGACGCGAUUUCACUGUUCCUCGAGCUGCUCUCGGCGACGGACCUCGCGCCGGACAACUUCACGCUCCCCUGCGUGGCGAAGGCCUGCGCGGGUGUCGCGGACGUGGAGCUCGGGGAGGCGGUCCACGCGCUCGCGUUGAAGGCUGGUGGUUUCUCCGACGCGUUUGUGGGGAACGCGCUGAUCGCCAUGUAUGGGAAAUGUGGGUUCGUGGAAAGUGCCGUCAAGGUGUUUGAAACAAUGCGGAAUAGAAACUUGGUUUCGUGGAACUCGGUGAUGUAUGCGUGUUCGGAGAAUGGGGGUUUUGGAGAGUGUUGUGGUGUUUUUAAGAGACUGUUGAUCAGUGAGGAAGAAGGUUUGGUGCCUGAUGUUGCGACGAUGGUGACGGUGAUUCCUGCGUGUGCUGCAGUUGGGGAAGUGAGAAUGGGAAUGGUUGUUCAUGGUUUGGCUUUUAAAUUGGGGAUUACUGAGGAAGUGACGGUGAAUAAUUCGCUCGUGGACAUGUAUUCGAAAUGCGGUUACUUGGGGGAGGCACGAGCUUUGUUUGAUAUGAAUGGUGGGAAGAAUGUUGUUUCUUGGAAUACUAUAAUUUGGGGAUACUCGAAGGAAGGAGAUUUUCGUGUAGUGUUUGAGUUGCUGCAAGAGAUGCAGAGGGAAGAGAAGGUGAGAGUGAAUGAGGUGACGGUGUUGAACGUUCUGCCAGCUUGUUCAGGAGAGCAUCAGCUGCUGAGUUUGAAGGAAAUUCAUGGUUAUGCUUUUAGGCAUGGAUUUCUGAAGGAUGAAUUGGUGGCCAAUGCUUUUGUUGCUGCCUACGCAAAAUGCAGUUCCCUGGAUUGCGCUGAGCGUGUCUUCUGUGGUAUGGAAGGAAAAACAGUGAGCUCUUGGAAUGCACUGAUCGGCGCCCAUGCACAAAAUGGUUUUCCUGGGAAGUCUUUGGAUCUGUUCCUUGUGAUGAUGGAUUCUGGGAUGGAUCCUGAUCGGUUUACUAUUGGUAGCCUUCUUUUAGCUUGUGCGCGUUUGAAAUUCCUACGUUGUGGCAAAGAGAUUCAUGGUUUUAUGUUGCGUAAUGGUUUAGAAUUGGAUGAAUUUAUUGGGAUAUCAUUGAUGUCACUUUAUAUUCAGUGCGGCAGUAUGUUACUAGGGAAGUUAAUUUUUGAUAAGAUGGAAAACAAAAGUUUAGUAUGCUGGAAUGUGAUGAUUACUGGCUUUUCACAGAAUGAACUUCCUUGUGAGGCCCUUGAUACAUUUCGUCAAAUGCUAUCGGGUGGAAUUAAGCCUCAAGAGAUUGCUGUAACAGGUGUUCUGGGGGCUUGUUCGCAGGUGUCGGCAUUGCGGCUGGGGAAAGAAGUUCACUCCUUUGCACUUAAAGCUCAUCUCUCUGAGGAUGCCUUUGUUACUUGUGCAUUAAUAGACAUGUAUGCUAAAUGUGGAUGCAUGGAACAAUCUCAGAACAUUUUUGACAGGGUAAACGAGAAGGAUGAAGCAGUAUGGAAUGUUAUAAUUGCAGGAUAUGGGAUUCAUGGGCAUGGGCUGAAGGCUAUUGAGCUGUUUGAAUUGAUGCAAAAUAAAGGCGGCAGACCAGAUUCUUUUACAUUUCUGGGAGUGCUAAUUGCCUGUAACCAUGCUGGCUUAGUAACGGAAGGAUUAAAAUAUCUUGGUCAGAUGCAGAAUUUGUAUGGCGUAAAGCCAAAGUUAGAGCAUUAUGCAUGUGUGGUGGAUAUGCUUGGCCGAGCAGGGCAACUGACUGAAGCUUUAAAGCUUGUAAAUGAGAUGCCAGACGAACCAGAUUCAGGGAUAUGGAGUUCAUUGCUCAGUUCUUGUAGGAAUUAUGGGGAUUUGGAAAUUGGAGAGGAAGUUUCCAAAAAGUUAUUAGAGUUGGAACCAAAUAAAGCAGAGAAUUAUGUAUUGCUGUCAAACUUGUAUGCUGGAUUAGGAAAAUGGGAUGAGGUGAGAAAGGUACGGCAGAGAAUGAAGGAGAAUGGCCUUCAUAAAGAUGCAGGCUGCAGUUGGAUUGAAAUAGGAGGAAUGGUUUAUAGAUUUCUUGUUAGUGAUGGAUCACUUUCAGAAUCAAAAAAGAUUCAGCAGACCUGGAUUAAAUUGGAGAAAAAAAUAAGCAAAAUUGGAUAUAAACCUGACACAAGUUGUGUGCUUCAUGAACUGGAAGAAGAGGGAAAGAUUAAGAUACUUAAGAGCCACAGCGAGAAGCUUGCAAUUUCUUUUGGUCUGUUAAAUACGGCUAAAGGUACAACGUUGAGGGUUUGCAAAAAUCUACGCAUAUGUGUAGACUGUCACAAUGCAAUUAAAUUAGUCUCAAAGGUUGUUAAAAGGGAUAUUAUUGUAAGGGACAACAAGCGCUUUCAUCAUUUCAAAAACGGAUUGUGUACCUGUGGAGAUUUCUGGUAGUUGGGGGACUAUGCUAGUUUUUAAUGAUUAUUUUCAAUGAGUGAAGAACUCCAUUAAAAAUCAAUGUAGCUGUGGAGAAAUGCUUCUGCUUAUCCUCCACGUAUAUAGUAUAUAUGUGCAAUCCAAUUCUUUCCGAAUUAUACUUUGCAUUGUUACUGACAAGAAAGACGAGCUAUGCAGAAUUUAUCCCUAGUCUCUGGCUUGUAAAUAACUACCCUCAGUGUGAACUUGGGUAAAUAUUUUUCAUUUUCACUGUAAAUGACAAGCGAUUGCAUAGCAUCAUACUGUGUAAAUAUAAUGUGAUAUAUAUGUUGAAGAGGAUUAACAUGGAAGAAAAAAGAACAAUUCAAGAAUUUCAAAUGCAGAUGCAUAGCUCAUUGCUGUCAGAAUAGGAGUACAUUUUGAAUUUAUACUGAGAAAAUGAAAAUUUCUGAGGAAGGAGGUGAAGUUCUAAUA